AUGUCUGUCCGGCUGUGGCGAUGGUCGUUAGACAGUGCAGGCCGGAAAGGCGCCGUUUCAUACGAGGAGGAGGAAAACACGUCGGAUAUUUUGGCCGUAGCAUCGAGUGAAAGACACGGCGGCGAUUUUCCGGUGUUUGAUUUUGCAGGACACUCGAAGAAAGUUGUCGUCGCCGGUCAGGCAGCAGCGCUGGUUCGGUUCACAAUUUUGCUGUGCUGUCUUUCGUCUUGGUCGUCGUCGCCCGUCGUCCCAGUUGUGCGUGUGAGCCGCCAGGGGCACCAAACCGGACCUCCUUUUCUCCGCCCCCGCCUGUGCUGCGUCGCGACCGCUACCGGAUCUCAUUCGUCAGUCAGCGGAUGGCCUGCGCGACGCGACCGGGAAACUUCACCGGCCAGCCGGCCGACCGACCGACCGACCGCCGUUACCACCGUCAUAACGUCAACAACAGCGACGACCGAUAAGUCAUUUUUUAUCCUGCACUGUCGCUUUUUCACCGUAGUCGUCACCUUGACAGAGGUAGCAGAGACGCGGUGGCUAGACACCGCCGUUGUCCUGUCUGCCGGCCAGUGGUCAACGGUCGAGUGGCCCGUGUGGUCAGCGGAUAGCCUUUAUUGA